CUAAAUAUAAAUUUUUUUAUUUUUUUUAUUUAUUAUUAUUAUUUUUUUUAUACAAAAUUAAUUAUAGUUUUUAUAAAUUUAAGAAUCACAUUUAUUUUUAUAUCUAUACUAUUAUUAUAAAUUGUAGAUUGUUUUUAAAUAAUAUAGUUUUUUUUUCAUCGAGAUAAAAGAAAAAUUAAUUAAAAAAAAGAGAUAAAAUAUAUCUUUUCGAAUCACUUCAUUUAAUAUCUAUAUAAUCAAUACUGUACAAUAUUUUAAAUAUAUAUUUAAAUAAUAAAUAAAAAAGAAAAUGGGUUUAUUAACAGGUGUACCAGCCAACGAUGCAAAUUUAGUUUUAUUAUUAUUUGCUGAUUUCACUUCGAUGUUGGGUUGUUUAGCAGUACUUGUAGGUUUCUGGAGAUUAAAACUUUUACGUAAUCAUGUAACCAAAGUAAUUGCUUGUUUCUGUGCCACUUCAUUUUGUAAAGAUUUUCCUUCAACUGUUUUAACUUUAACAAAUACUGCUAAAAAUGGUGGUUUCCCAUGUUAUUUAUAUGCUAUUGUAAUUACCUAUGGUAGUUUUGCUUGUUGGUUAUGGACUUUAUGUUUAGCUAUUAGUAUUUAUAUGUUAAUUGUUAAAAGAGAGCCAGAACCAGAAAGAUUCGAAAAAUAUUACUACAUGUUAUGUUGGGGUUUACCAUUAAUUUCAGCAAUUAUUAUGCUUGCCAAAGAUACAGUAGAAUUCACUGGUGCUUGGUGUUGGAUUGGUAAUAGCUAUACUGGUUACCGUUUCGGUUUAUUCUAUGGUCCUUUCUUAGGAAUUUGGGCUAUUUCAGCUAUUUUAGUCGGUCUCACUUCAAGAUAUACCUACGUUGUAAUUCACAAUGGUGUUUCAGAUAAUAAGGAAAAACAUUUAACCUAUCAAUUCAAAUUAAUCAAUUACAUUAUUGUUUUCCUUGUCUGUUGGAUGUUUGCUGUAGUAAAUCGUAUCUUAAAUGGUCUUGAUAAAUACCCACCAGCUAUUACUUGUCUCCAUACCUAUCUUUCAGUAUCACAUGGUUUCUGGGCCUCUGUUACUUUUAUCUACAACAAUCCAUUAAUGUGGCGUUACUUUGGUGCUAAAAUCCUUUCUAUCUUCACCUUCUUUGGUUACUUUACCGAUGUACAAAAGAAAUUAGAAAAGAAUAAAAACAAUAACAAUCCAUCUCCAUACAGUUCAAGUCGUGGUACCUCUGGUAAGACUGGUGGUACAGAAGUUGAGUUACCAAACUACUCUGAUAUGGAACAAUGUUCUUUAGAAGGUGUUAAUCAUGCUCAAAAUAAUAAUGAUAAUAACUAUGGCUUACCAAAUGAUGCUGGUUGCUCAACUUCAUCAUCAUCCUCAUCCUCUGAUGAAAAUGAUAAAGGCAAAGGUAUUCAAAUUUCUUCUUCAACAAAUGGAAACGGAAAUAAUUAAUAAUAUAAAAUUUUAAUAUAUAUACAAAUAUUUUUUUUUUUAAAAAAUAAUAAUAUUAAAUUUAAAAAGAAAAAAAAAAACAAUUAAUACAUUUAUUAAAAAAAUCUAUAAAAAAAACAAACUAGAAAAAAAAAACAUAUGUCGAAUCUAUCCAUAAAAAAAAACAAAAAAAAAAAAGCAAAACACCUGUAUUAUAUAAAUAAUAAUAAUAAAAAUGUACUUUUAAAUUAUUUUAAAAACAAUG